CCUCCAAUCCCAAAGCACCAUCGUGAGCCACAACCAGCCCAUCUCAUCCACCACUUUCAAGCCAACCUACGCUUCACUCACCCUCCCAAUUGUUUUCCCAACUCUAGCAAUCACCGCGCCAUGAGCCACCUAAUCAAGCCACUGCGCCCAGAGCCACCCAGUCAAGCCCCCGCGCCCAAGGUUAAUCGCUCCCACAAAUUGUCGAACCACCACCACGGCCUCACCCUUGGCUCAUUCUCCCGCGACCCACAAACCAAAUAUGUGAUAGAUGGAA